GCCAAUGCCUGGGAUAGGGGCCGUGGGAGCUCGGUGCAGGCACCGCCCGAGGAGGCGCCCCAACAAGGCCGAGGACGGCGGCGGCGGAGCCCACCCGGCCGCCUGCUCCUCCUCCGGGGAGAGCGCCAUGGACGCAGCCAUCUGGAUCUACCAGUUCCGCCUGAUCGUGCUGGGCGACUCGACGGUGGGCAAGUCGUGCCUUUUGCACCGCUUCACCGAGGGCCGCUUCCCGGGGCCCAUGCACUCGGAUCCCACCGUCGGGGUGGAUUUCUUCUCUCGCCUGGUGGAGAUCGAGCCGGGCAAGAGGAUCAAGCUGCAGCUCUGGGACACGGCGGGCCAGGAGAGAUUCAGGUAUAGCAGGCGCCCCUUCCCGCCCUCCUCCCCAGUAAUAUGCAUGCUGUUUAACCAAGGGGUGUCUCCGGAAUCCCCCUCCCUACGCUGACCAGAGGCUUCUGAGUGUAUGCAGAGUGCCUCCUCUUCGGCGCAGAUCAGCAGCUCCGUGGAUCAACCCCACCCGCCUUUCCCGCUCAGGGCGUGUUCGUGCGUGUUAACCCCUUGAAGGUAGUUAACUUCUUGCAUUCAUCCUUAGCCAACCUGCUGUCUUCCCAGCUUUUGGACUACAACUUCCAUCAGCCGCGACCAGUGUGGUCAUUGGUCAGGGAUGUUGGGAGUUGUAGUCAGGAAAAAAUCUGGAGGGCAUCAUGUUGACAAAGGCUGCUUUGAAUGUGCUGAUUCAGAUCUCUAGCAACACCAGUGUAAUUAGGUUUGCAGAAGAGCAGAGUCCCCAAGGCUGGCCCUAACAUUUGGCACGGUGAGACAGUCACCUCAGGCGGCAGAUUUGGGGGAUCAUUUGAAGGCAGUAAUUAACUUAGGAUGGCUGUGUUUCUACCCCUAGGGAAAGAGGCUUGUGGGGUUUUCUGCCUCAGGUGAUUAAAUAACUUGGUCACCUACAGGCACUAUGCAGUUUGUCUGGGAAGUGGAAACCACUUGAUGUUCUGCCUCAGGCAGCAAAAUACUUGUGCUUUGUGGCACCUAAACAGGUUGAGUGUGGCAUCAGCUUUGGUGGACCGGUGUUGACUUCAUCAUCAGGUGCAUGAAAUGUGGUUCUCUGUGGGGAUAUAUAUAAGACACACGUGGACAUACGCACUAGAGAGCAAUAAAUGUCAACAAUGGGGCCUCUCACAUUUCAGGGCACUUGGGCCUCAUCUCUUUUCUGCAUCCCAUGAAGCAGGUUCUAAACCACAAAAGCUUUUGCCACCCCCCAAAAUCUGCUUUGUCUCCAAGGAAGUCUUCUAUAUUUGUUCCAACAGGCUAAUGGGGCAGCCCCCUAUGAAAUUAGUCACUGUUGUAUUCCGACAACCAUUCCUGUGUCUACAACCACCCAGUGCCUCCGUCAUCCAAGGCCUCUUUCUACCCAAGGCUUAUUUUCAGGGAGGCUUUGUUUGUUUCAUUCUCUUUCUCACAAUAAGAACCAUCAAAUUUGGCUUCAGGGCAGACCAGAUAAAGUGCAUAGUUAACUUGGGGAACUCAGUGCCACUGGACAGCUUUAAGGGGAGAACAGACAAAUUCAUGGUGGAUAAGGGCUAUUAAUGGCUGUUUACUAACUCCAGGAUCAGAGUCAGAAAGCCUCUCUGGGCAACAACAGGAGGAAAGGAAUAUUGUCCUAAUUAAGAGCAUAAGAAGAGCCUACUGGCAGUAACAACAACAACAACAACAACAACAACAACAACAACAACAACAACAACAACUUUAUUAUUAAGCCCACAAGCAGGACCUGCAUGCAACAGUUUUCUCCCUAUUUGUGAUUCCCAGCAAUGUGUAUUCAGAGACAUGUUGCCCCCAACAGUGAUGGUAAAACCUAGCCAUUGCCUGAAUCACCUCUGAAUCUGUCCAAUCCUCUUUUAAAGCCGUUUAAGUUUGUGGCCAAUCACUAUCCCUUGCAGAAGGGAAUUCCAUAGAUUAACUCAGGUCCUCCAUAUGGGCUUCCCCUGGCAUCUAAGUAGGCCCCUCUAGGAAACAGGAAGCUGGACUCGAUAGACUUUUGGUCUCCUCCUUGAAUUUUGGACUGGUUCCCCAGGCCUGCACUUCCGGUGUUGCUGCUCUCAGGACAGCUAACAAAGAAUAAAAGUUAUGUGAAACUACUAAAAUCAAGCAAGAAAAUAACAGCAACAGAGCAGCAGGACAAUAAUGCAAGCAUAAAAACGCAGCAGGAGAACAAUAUUCAGACUGAAACUUAGUUUGAAAAAGGCCUAGGCUUUUUGUUGUUGUUUUUUAAAGGCCUCAUGAGACGCAUACCUAUAAACAAGUCCCAGCUCUUGGAUAUGUGAAGCAAUAAGAAUAGGAGUAGAAGAUAUUUUAUUCACCGCUCAAGGGCAACCAUCCCCCAGACAGGUGGAUGGGUAAGGAAUCCCAGUCGGAGGAUGUGCCUUUGCCUUGCUUCCCAAACUCUUGUUAAAAUGAACUGCUGAUUCCUGCUCCUAAAUUUCCGUGUGCUUCCUUUGCAGAAUUGCUUCUGCGGGGCCAGUUUGACUCCACUUUUCCCCAUCUUCUGUUUGCCAUCUUCUGAAUAAUCGGGCAGUUUGAUUCUGUUUGCCAAGGCAAACCUUGGUUUUCUGUUCCACUAGGUGUGUUAGUUAACAUACCAAAGUUGGGAUGGUUGUGUUAUCAACAACCAUUGCUGUUAUGAACACCCACUUUGCUUAUCUUAAUCUUUACAUUCAAUGGGCACAGACCGUACUUUUUGUACUUCAUUGCCAUUUGGCUUCAUUUCUCCCCUGCCAAUUGCCAACAACACUUCAUGCAUCUGAUGAAGUGGAUUCUAGACUGUGAAGGCUCAUGUCACAAUAAAUCUGUUGGCCUACAAGCCCCCGCCAGCCUAUUGGUAAGUGUGGUUAGGACUGCAGCCUAUGCCUGUAUCCAAGUCAAAGAAAAUAAAAUGAGAGGCCAGUAUAGACUUCAUAUAUAAUUGUAAGCUAGUAAUUUAACAUAACAAUGCUCAACGUCAAUUUAUAUUGAAAUGAGCCAUAUAGAUGUGUUGUUUGCUUUCUAACUUACCAAUCAGAGAGACAUGUUGGAAGAAAUAUGGCUCCAAACUGUUUUUGCUUCAUUAACUAGCAUUUGGCAGUUGUUUAUGACAAAUUUAGUCUUAUUGAAAUUAUCACGUAGACCAUUAUUAUAAUUAUUGUGUAUAACAUUCAACAUCUGUUAAGGAAAAUUAUAUGCAUACUUGAUCAGUCAAACAGUACAUUGGAAGUUUGCACAUUCAAAUACUCUCAGCUUCUUGUAGCUGAUCUACAUGUGAAAAUAAGUCAAACAGGACAAUUCCUAGGAUUAUACCAAUUGAGACUGCAGAUAGCGGGUUGUUUUUCAGUGUUUCCUCCAGAUAAAAAUAAACCAUUAUUCACUCUUGUUUGCUUGCUUACCCAUUUGAUAGCUUGUGCUGCAAUGAACUUUGGGUUAAACAGUAAGUGAGACUUGACUUGACUCCUCUAAUGCAGAAAGCUAGCAGCUCAGGCAGAACAUUAGCCUAGAACCUUCUACCCAAUGUUAGUUUUCUGUGGCAAGGACAUUUCAUUCAGACAUGCAGUUCCCCAUCUGAACUAUAAAAUGGUACAGUCCCAGGCAGUGGUUUGGUGGUAAAUUUAGAAGUUCAGGAGCUCCUCAUCACAGCCACUACAGCCACAUUUUAAAGGAAAGUCAAAAAAAUAUUCAGGCACCCAUUUUGAGACAUCAUUUUAUAUGCACACACUGAAAAGCAGCAGUACAUAGCAUAAUACCCACUUUAUCAGACUCUACAUAACUGCAGCAAUUCUGUACAUAGUUUCUAGGUUAUAAAGUCUAUUGAAAUCAGUGGUGCUUAACUUCUGACUGCAUAGGUUCAAUAUGUAAAACUCACUGAACAUUAAUGAAAUACCUUCAGUUGGCUGAACUGCAACCUUUGCCUUUUAAUUACAAAAGCAAGCAGUCUUGCAAUGAAGAGUUUGCCAUUUAAAUUGCUAGCUUGACAUGGGAAUGCCAUCAAAGAGGCCCCCAUCCUCUGUUUGAUUAUUAUUAUCACCAUCCUCUGACUUCUAUGCUAAUCUGUUGCAAAGAAACUUGAAAGCCUCAUUAUUACCUCAUUCACUUGCCACAGCAAGGUGAUUUGUUAGUCCAUGAUGUUCCUCCAGAUAACACCAUCCCUCCUGCUCUGAGCUGCAGUCUGCUGCAUUUGCUCUCCACUAUACCAUAGGUUCGAAAGCACGUCAAAGUGCAAGUAGAUAAAUAGGUACCUCUCUGGCGGGAAGGUAAAUGGCAUUUCCGUGCACUGCUCUGGUUCACCAGAAGCAGCUUAGUCAUGCUGGCCACAUAACCUGGAAGCUGUAUGCCGGCUCCCACAGCCAAUAAAGCGAGAUGAGUGCCGCAACCCCAGAGUUGGAAACGACUGGACCUAAUGGUCAGGGGUCCCUUUGCCUUUUUAUACCAUAGGUCUUGGGAACUCUGUAACAUCUGCCUGCUUGAGCAUGCAAACACAGAAGUUCAUUUCAGCAUCCUACAAACCCUCACAAUCCCUUUAAAAAACAAGAAGAUAAUUCCUAGUUCUUUCAGUUCUGCAAGUAGGCCAUGGUCAAGCGAAGUAUGCCAAAGAAUGCUCUUGGCACCCCCAGAGUGAGUUUGGAUACUUGCUUUUCUCAAACAUCAGCACCUCAGUCCUGCAUGGGAAAUGCUUUGGAACCUUGGAGGAAAUUCAGAAAUGGUAUGUGAUACAGCACAGGAAAUCUUCUGCUCUGGGGUUGUGGGGGAGAGAUAAAAAUGCUGCUGGAUGCCUAAAGUGGCCUUCUGGAUUUCAUCCAAAAGCUUGAAAAUCUAUGUCAGUACCUGAGGAAUCCUCAGCACAGCAGAGGUUAGUCGAUUAGGGCAAAUGAGGCACAGCUUAUGUUUCAAGCAUAUUCUUAGCCACAUCUCACACAUCAUAAAGAAACAUUGCAGGGAACAUCAGCAGAGCCUUGUGGCACCUUAAAGGCUAACAAAUUUAUUAUAGCAUAAGCUUUUGUGGACCGUAGCCUCCUUUAUCAGGUGUUUUCCAGCAUCUGUCAGCUAAGAAGUACCAAACUGUUUGAAACAAAACGCAGUGUAGUCCGACGCACAACUGCUCAGAAACACAUCCUAUUGCAGGGUUAGAUACUGUAGGACUUACUCCUAAGUAAGAGUACAUGGGAUUGCAAUUCUAAUCAAUGAUUCUCUCUGGCAGGGUGCCCUACUUAGAAUAUACUCAAGAAAACCAUCUGAUAUAAAUACACUCUUAGGACCUGAUCAUACAGCAUGAUCAUGUAUGGGGGUACAUUUUAUUGGAUACCUGCAAAUUCUGAUAUGAAUACAGUCAUAACUUGGUUCUUGAACGGCUUAGUUGCCAAUCAGCUCCCGAAUCGCUCCCGAACGCCACAAACCCAGAAGUAAGUGUUCUGGUUUGUGAACGUUUUUCAGAAGCCCAACAUCCAACGCGGCUUCCACUUGAGUGCAGGAAGCUCCCAAUCUAAGCUGCACCUUGGUUGUUUUAGUGAAUAGCUCCCAAGCACUGGACCAAGCUUCCCUGGGAGGUUGCGCUUUCUGCCUUCCAGGAAGAGCGUUGUGGUAAAAGAGAGACCAGCUUGGCCCCAUCCAUUGGCCAGAGGAGCAGCAGAUGCAGGGGGGCUUGCUCCCCACCUCCCUGCCAAAAACAACACUUGGUUUCACCUGCAGGUUGUUAUGGGACUUCAGAGGUUCAGGGGAACGAACUUGCUUUGGUCCCUUCCGUCAACCAGGUGACUAAGACUGGUGGAUUAUAUGGAUUUGGGGUUUGUGUGUGGAUGUGUGCAUGAUCACAGCCUCUUAACAAGCGACCUUGAGGACCGUUCAGAUGCAGUAGUAGCCAGUGUGGUGGGCAGACCUGUGGAGCCAACCUCCCUAUGCUGGCAACUUUGAUGGGACCAGGGUAGGGCAACUGCAAGGUCAUACAAUGGUGGGAGUCCCAGAGUGGCUCGGCCUACCAGUGCACCUACCCAGCCCCAGUCAAACCACUGCCCUGCUCAGCCCCAACCAAGUGCUGGUGGGAAGGGCGACAGCUCCAUAACUCCCACGAGACUGUCUACUGCCGUUCCAUUGAAAGGUAGAAAAGAAACCUUAUCUAAAUACAUAAAGGUAAAGGACCCCUGGACGGUUAAGGCCAGUCAAAGGCAACUAUGGGGUUGCGGUGCUCAUCUCGCUUUCAGGCCGAGGGAGCCGGCGUUUGUCCACAGGCUGCUUUCCAGGUCAUGUGGCCAGCAUGACUAAACCUCUUCUGGCACAGCGGAACACAGUGACAGAAACCAGAGCUCGCGGAAAUGCCGUUUACCUUCCCGCCACAGUGGUACCUAUUUAUCUACUUGCACUGGUGUGCUUUCAAACUGCUAGGUUGGCAGGAGCUGGGACAAAGCAAUGAGAGCUCACUCCAUCGUGGGGAUUCGAACAGCUGACCUUCUGAUCGGCAGCCCAAGAGGCUCAGUGGUUUAGACCACAGCGCCACCCGCAUCCCGUACAGUGAGCUGGCUUGGCCAUUGCAGAGAAUUAGGCCUGCAAUCCUGCUUCUGUUGCAUCCUUUGGUCACAUUCACAGCAUACAUUUAAAGCACAUGACGUCCCCCCAAAUAAUCCUGGGAAUCAUAGUUUGUUCAGGGUGUUGGGAAUUGUAGUGUGUGGGUGUUCUAGCUUAGAAACUAUUGGUGAUGGUUGGGGAGGAAGGUAAGGAAAAGUUAGAUAUGCACCGUAGCUCACAUCAGAUGCCUCUCUAUUUUCUCUUCACAUAAUUUGUAGAAUAAUUGCAAAAAAAGACUGAACACCACUACCGAAUUAGAGCAAUUCUUCUAAUUUGUCUUUUUAAAAAUGCCAGGAUUUCAUUUUGUUCUGAGAUCUUCUCCAGCUCACAAGGAUACUCCUGUCUUUAAAGAAGUAAACGCAGACAAGCUGGAACGUUCUUUCCUGUUGAGCAUGUUUCUCCCCUUUUAUUUUGCAGGUCAAUCACACGUUCUUAUUACCGAAAUUCGGUAGGAGGCUUGCUGGUGUUUGACAUCACUAAUCGGUCUUCUUUUGAGCAUGUGUACGAUUGGCUUCAGGAAGCUAAGAUGCAUGUGCACCCUUUCCAGAUUGUGUUUAUCCUGGUGGGACACAAAUGCGACUUGGAGGCGCAGCGCCAGGUUACGAGAGAGGAAGCUGAGGAACUGGCAUCCGCCUGUGGCAUGAAGUACAUAGAAACAUCAGCCAAAGACGCCACGAACGUUGAAGAAUCCUUCACCGUUCUCACUAAAGACAUAUACGAACUUGUGAAAAAAGGAGACAUUUCGAUGCAAGAGGGGUGGGAAGGGGUAAAAAGUGGCUAUGUUCCAAAUGUUGUACAUUCCUCAGAGGAGGCUACCUCACUCGGAGACCAGUGCCCUUGCUAAAUCGCUUGCAUGCCAAAGAAGCAUAGUAUAUCAGGUGUCUGGAGAACAAGGCCCGGUUAUACAAAAUAUUAUAUAUGAAGAUGCAUUAGAUCAGGGGUAAGCAAUAUCCACUGAGUUGCUUACAACCCCUACAAUACUUAUGUGUGGCCUGCACGCUCCUAUAAAGAUCCUGAGACUCACAGCUUUUGAUUAAAAAGCAAAGUACAUUUCUGGUAAUUAAAUAUGGGAUGGCAAAGACAAUGAAAACAAAGAGGCAGGUUGAAAAAAAAAGUUGGGAUGCUUUGUUUUCCACUUGUGAUUUUUUGAAGUAUAUCUCAAAGAUUUCUUUUUUUAAAAAAAAAAAGCAGUCUCAGGUUUCUUCAGCCUUUGUUGCUAGUUUUUCAGAAUGUUGAAACAAUGGGUUUUUGUCACGAGAAGUGCGGCAUAUCCGCCACCCUGAGGUUUGGCGACCACUCUGUGCAUGAAAAUGAUAUGCAAAUUACAUGAAUUAUCUGCAGCAAAAGUCGUGCAGUUCUGCAACAAUCCUCUGGUUCCUCGUGUAUUUUUUCGAGGAGGUCCUUGAUGCUUUGAUCACGUUGCAUAAGCCUACAUGGGAUCAUGAACUCUGUUUGUGAUCGUAGUGGCCUAUCCAAAUCACAGAACGGAAGUUACCGGUAAAUGUUUUGCUUAUUUGUAUCAUAUAAUAGGGAGCUUUAUAUUUCACAGUGAAUCAGUUUGCUUGGGCUGGACGUGAUACGAUUUCCAAAAAAUUGUGCAGUGUAUUCUCACCCCCCAAGAGCUUUGUACUGCUGUCCAACCCUCAAGGAGGGGGGCGGGGAAUUGCAAAACUGGGGAAGGGAUACUGGGCAACCCCCAUACAUAUCCACAAGAUUCUUCCCUUGCUGUAAUAUAUGCAACAAUGCUGCCAGCAACAAAGCUGAGUAUUUCAUAACUAUAAAGCAGAGGCAGCGAGACUCCAGGAGGUGGGAGAGGCAUCCCUCCUAAUUUCCUUCCUCCAGGAGACAUUUAUAUAUUAUAUUUAUUUGGCACUUUUCUCACUUUAAGUUGCCAGGGACACAUUUAUUCUGCAUCCAGUGUGCUCCCACCGCUGGCUUUCGAAACCUCAGCCACAAGGCAUAUCUACCCUGCCAUUUCUUGAGCAAUACUGCUGUUUGAUGUGUUUUCCCUCAAACUGGAUUUGAUCCGAAUGGAAAACUGAAACCACAUUCACUUUGCUGUGUACAUUUGAGUCUGCCAUUGCACACGCACGGAUGACGGAUGAUAUAGGAAUUUGGAAUUGGUGGGGAAGCCAAACAUUUAACGUGCAUCCGAUAAAGACAUCCCUGCCUCCUUUCUGAUGUGCAUGAUGGCUGCAAAUGUAAAUAAAAUUCAGUGGGGAAAACAAGCUCUCUUAUGUUUUCAGCCACUAAUGUCUGCAUAGGCUUAAAACAAGUCUAUUCCCUAUCUUCCUUUGCCCUCUUUUCCCCCUUUUAUUUGCUUUUCAGCCGACCCGUGACUGUCUCAAACUUCUCUCAGCCAUAGAUUUGACUGGAAGACAGUCUGAUCAACUGGUUUCUUUACACUCUUCCCCACUGCCAGCUGACGUCAACAUCUUGUAACGUCAUGGAUACCUGCCAGGAUGUUAUUAGGUUUUUUUUAUGUCAUUUAAAAAAAAACAAACCUGUGCAUUUCUGCACACCUAGGGAAUCCCCUGUCUACACAGAAGCCAUUUGCUUAUUUUUGAGUGGCCUCCUCUUUCACUUGUAAACCACUGCUUUCAUUAUGACUCGAGGGAACAAUAUAUAUAGAUAUUUAUCUAUCACAGGAAAAAAAAAUGCUUAGCAGCAAGGUGUUUUCUACAAUGCUCUUAUUACUGUUUUUAUUACGUACAAGCUUUUAAGACAUCACAUUUUGAAAAGAGGUUAAAAUAAAACUAUGGACUGUACUGUAUGCCUGAUGAAUCCCAGAUUUUAUUCACUUGGCCUUAUUUCUGGGAAACGGCCUGUUGAAGAGUGUUGCCUUGUUCUGCCAUCUCUUGUGCGACUUCGCUGCAAACAUCGAGUUUUCCUUCCCACCAGGGCCUCUCCAUAGACUGAAAUGGUGGGGAGGCUCCAUGCAUGUAUGGGAAAGCUUAUACACACAGGUAAGCCCUGUGCAAAUCGUAGCACAUAUGGGCUUUGCAUCAGUGCCAUGUACUCUUCUAUUGCAUUCCUUUGCUCGUGUAAUAAAUGUAUAGGAAGUAAACCGAAUACAGUUGCGCCAUCACUUUUGAUAUUCCUGUAGCAAUGAAAAAAAUGUCAUCAAUAUAAACAUCAAUAUAUUUCUGAAUCUUUAAAAGUGCAUGGAAGAAACACUGUUUAGAACAACAUAUUUUCUCUCAACGAUCUAUGUAACUACUGGUGGCUUAGAUACAAAAUAGUUUUCUCUGUUGCCAACUGUGUAAAUAAACCACUUAAUUUGCCUAAUGGGUAAAUACAU